UUCCUCAUUUAACGGCGUGAAGGUUGGUUAUUAAACGCAUCUUCCAAGAAAACGUGCUGAAGUCUGAGGUAAAGAAUAAGUUCAUCAUCAGUAGAAGGGGUUGAAACGAACAAGAAAUAUCGUCUUCAAAAAAGUUUGUCAGGGAAAUGGAAAGUUUAAUUCGUCAUCAUUAGAAAGAGUGAAAGAUAAACGACAAACAAACAUUAAACUUGAUCACAAAGUAUGGCAGUAUAAAUCUUUGUCGACAUUAAGGUUUAUAAAGGUUGUUAUUUUCCAACAAAAGUACCAUAAAGAAAAACUUACCAUCAAGCUUCAAAGCAUUCCAGCAGGAGCAUUUGGUCUUAUACACUCCUUUGAACUUGCGUCAAGCUAAAACUUGAGUAUGGCUCCUAGUAUAAAUAUAAAUGAGACGCGUGGGAAAGUAAAAGAUUUGCACAAACGACCUUUAGAAGUUCAAACGAAAGUACUUGAUCCAGAUCAUGUUGAUGUUGCACAAACAUACCACAUCGUGGAUGCAGUUUAUUACGAGAUAGGAGAGUAUGAGAAAGCAAAAGAUUCGUAUGAACGAACUUUGGAAAUUGAAACAAAAGCAUUUGGUCCUAAUAAUUUUGAGAUUGCAGCAACAUACCACAGCCUUGGAAGGAUUCAUCAUGACAAGGGAGAGUACGACAAAGCAAAAAAAAUGUACCAACAAGCUUUAGAAAUCGAAAUUAAAGUAGUUGGUCAUGACCAUAUUGUCAUUGCAACUACGUUAAACAACUUGAGCUUGGUUUAUCAUGAUAUGGGAGAGUACGACAAAGCAAAAGAUUUGUACGAAAAAACUUUAGAUAUAGAAACUAAAGCAUUUGGUCCUGAUUAUAUUGAUUGUGCAGCAACAUACAACAACCUGGGAAGGAUUUAUCAUGACAUGGUAGAGUACGACAAAGCAAAAGAUUUAUACGAACGAGCUCUGGAUAUUGAAACUAAAGCACUAGGUCCUGAUCAUAUUAAGAGUGCAGCAACAUACCACAACCUGGGAACUAUUUAUCAAGACAUGGGAGAGUACGACAAAGCAAAAGAUUUGUAUGAACGAGCUCUGGAAAUUUAUACUAAAGCAUUUGGUCCUGAUCAUAUUACGAGUGCAGCAACAUACCACAACCUGGGAACUAUUUAUCAAGACAUGGGACAGUACGACAAAGCAAAAGAAUUGUAUGAACGAGCUAUGAAAAUUUAUACUAAAGCAUUUGGUCCUAAUCAUAUUAAGAGUGCAGCAACAUACCAUGCCCUGGGAAGCAAUUAUCAUGACAUGGGAGAGUACGACAAAGCAAAAGAUUUGUAUGAACGAGCUAUGGAAAUUAAAAUUAAAGCAUUUGGUCCUGAUCAUAUUAAGUGUGUAGCAACAUACCACGCCAUGGGAAGGAUUUAUCAUGACAUGGGAGCGUACGACAAAGCAAAAGAUUUGUAUGAACAAGCUCUGGAAAUUUAUACUAAAGCAUUUGGUCCUGAUCAUAUUAAGAGUGCAGCAACAUACCACGAACUGGGAAGCAAUUAUCAUGACAUGGGAGAGUACGACAAAGCAAAAGAUUUGUAUGAACGAGCUCUGGAAAUAAAAAUUAAAGCAUUUGGUCCUGAUCAUAUUAAGAGUGCAGCAACAUACCACGCCAUGGGAAGGAUUUAUCAUGACAUGGGAGAGUACGACAAAGCAAAAGAUUUGUAUGAACGAGCUCUGAAAAUUUAUACUAAAGCAUUUGGUCCUAAUCAUAUUAAGAGUGCAGCAACAUACCACGCCCUGGGAAGCAAUUAUCAUGACAUGGGAGAGUACGACAAAGCAAAAGAUUUGUAUGAACGAGCUCUGGAAAUUAAAAUUAAAGCAUUUGGUCCUGAUCAUAUUAAGAGUGCAGAAACAUACCACGCCAUGGGAAGGAUUUAUCAUGACAUGGGAGAGUACGACAAAGCAAAAGAUUUGUAUGAACGAGCUCUGAAAAUUUAUACUAAAGUAUUUGGUCCUAAUCAUAUUAAGAGUGCAGCAACAUACCACAACCUGGGAAGCAAUUAUCAUGACAUGGGAGAGUACGACAAAGCAAAAGAUUUGUAUGAACGAGCUAUGGAAAUUAAAAUUAAAGCAUUUGGUCCUGAUCAUAUUAAGAGUGCAGCAACAUACCACGCCACGGGAAGGAUUUAUCAUGACAUGGGAGAGUACGACAAAGCAAAAGAUUUGUAUGAACGAGCUCUGGAAAUUUAUACUAAAGCAUUUGGUCCUAAUCAUAUUAAGAGUGCAGCAACAUACCACGCCCUGGGAAGCAAUUAUCAUGACAUGGGAGAGUACGACAAAGCAAAAGAUUUGUAUGAACGAGCUCUGAAAAUUUAUACUAAAGCAUUUGGUCCUGAUCAUAUUAAGAGUGCAGCAACAUACCACGAACUGGGAAGCAAUUAUCAUGACAUGGGAGAGUACGACAAAGCAAAAGAUUUGUAUGAACGAGCUCUGGAAAUUCAAAGUAAAGCAUUUGGUCCGGAUCAUAUUAAGAGUGCAGCAACAUACCACUCCCUGGGAAGCAAUUAUUAUGACAUGGGAGAGUACGAAAAAGCAAAAGAUUUGUACGAACAAACUUUAGAUAUUGAAACUAAAGCAUUUGGUCCUGAUCAUCUUACAAGUGCAGCAACAUACCACGCUCUGGGAGCUAUUUAUCAAAACAUGGGAGAGUACGACAAAGCAAAAGAUUUGUAUGAACAAGCUCUGGAAAUUCAAACUAAAGCAUUUGGUCCUGAUCAUAUUAAGAGUGCAGCAACAUACCACGCCCUGGGAAGGAUUUAUCAUGACAUGGGAGAGUACGACAAAGUAAAAGAUUUGUAUGAACGAGCUCUGAAAAUUUAUACUAAAGCAUUUGGUCCUAAUCAUAUUAAGAGUGCAGCAACAUACCACUCCCUGGGAAGCAUUUAUUAUGACAUGGGAGAGUACGACAAAGCAAAAGGUUUGUAUGAACAAACUUUAGAUAUUGAAACUAAAGCAUUUGGUCCUGAUCAUCUUACAAGUGCAGCAACAUACCACGCUCUGGGAGCUAUUUAUCAAGACAUGGGAGAGUACGACAAAGCAAAAGAUUUGUACGAAAAAACUUUAGAUAUUGAGACUAAAGCAUUUGGUCCUGAUCAUAUUGAAAGUGCAGCAACAUACAACAGACUGGGAACUUUUUAUCAAGACAUGGGACAGUACGACAAAGCAAACAAUUUGUACGAAAGAGCUCUGAAAAUUGAUACUAAAGCAUUUGGUCCUGAUCAUAUUAAGACUGCAGCAACAUACAACAACCUGGGAAGGAUUUAUCAUGAAAUGGGAAAGUACGACAAAGCAAAAGAUUUGAACGAAAAAGCUUUGAAAAUUCAAACUAAAAUACUUGGAUCCGGUCAUAUUGGUAUUGCAAGAACAUACAACAACCUAGGUAGGGUUUAUGCUAAAAUUGGAGAGCAUCAAAAAGCAAAAAAUUUUUACAAGCAAGCUUUAGAAAUUCAAACUAAAGUAUUUGGUUCUGAUCAUGUCGAUAUUGCAACAACACAAGUCAAUCUAGGUAGGAUUUAUGCUGGAAUAGGAGAGCAUGAUAAAGCAAAAGAUUUGUACAAACGAGCUUUAGAAAUUCAAACUAAAGUAUUUGGUUCUGAUCAUGUUGCUAUUGCAACAACUUACAACAAUCUAGGUAGGGUCCAUCUUAAAAUGGGAGGGCAUGAAGAAGCAAAAGAUUUGUUCACACGAGCUUUAAAAAUUCAGACUAAAGUAUUUGGUCAUGAUUAUGUCGAUAUUGCAACAACGUGCAGCAACCUAGGUUGGUUUUAUUUUUUUAAAAAACUUUAUAAAGAAGCUCAACGCCUUUACGAAAGAGCUUUAGAUAUUCAGACAAAAGUUUUUGGUUAUAACCAUGGUAACACAGGUACAACGUACAACAACUUAGGUUCAGUUCUUCUCACCAUGAGAGAAUACGCCAAAGCAAAAGAAUCAUACGAGCAGGCCGUAGAAAUUCAAACUAAAGCUUUUGGUUCUGACCACGUAUAUGUUGCUGCAAUGUGCAACAAUUUGGGUUUGGUUUACAUGAAUUUGGGAAAGUACAAUGAAGCUAAAGAUUCGUACAAAAAAGCUUUAGAUAUUGGUGCUAAAGCUGAAGUUAUUGAUACAGCUGCAACGUUCAACAACUUGGGUUGUGCUUACAGUAAAUUAAAAGAAUAUGAGAAGGCAAAAGAUAACUUUGAAAAAGUUUUAGGAACCAAAUCAAAAUCAUUUCCUCCAGGACAGUUCAACAACGCUGCAGUCUUCCAAAAUUUGAUUUUAGUUUGCUAUGCAGUUAGAGAAAACGACAGAGCAGAAGAUUUGUUCAGGCGAGCUUUAAAAUAUGGAAUUGGUCAAUAUUUUUUGUCUCCUGAAGAAAUUACCAAAGAAGUAAAUUCAUACAAAUUAAUCGACAGUGUCAUAUUGUUGCCAGAUUUGGCUACAGAUGAUUUUUUUAAACGUUCAAUUUUCCAUGCUGAAGAAAACAGAAAACAAGUUUCCAGCCAUUGGCCUUCAUUAGAUUUUGGAAUUGGAAAAUUUUGUCCGUCCACUGAAGAAAUUACUGAAGAACUUGACAAUAUGAAAUUGUUGCCAGAAAGAAACAUCGACUGUACAAUAAAAGCAGUGGCAGAUUUAGAUCCUACUGUGGAUACAUCUACGGAUGCUGCCACCAAAAUGAAGAAACCUGAUAUAUCUCUUGAUGAUGACGUAGAGGAUGACGACGAAUUCUUUGAGAAGAAAUUUCUUGACGAAGACUACGGUAUUCGAGAUGAUGUUCGUAAAUUAUUAAAAAGUUUUCCUUGGAUUUGUGGUGGAUACGGGGUACGAUGGGAACCCCGUCUAUCUUUGUAUGUGACAGUGGCAGCUGAAAGACAAAAUGAUAAAGAUGCAUUAAGAAAAGAAAUUGAUGAAACUUUUGGAUGGAAAGCUUCUCCUUACUUUGACUUUGAACCAGAACAAAAAGAAAAAUCGCAAUUUCGAUGGUUGUCAGAUCUUAAAGUAGUAAAAAGAGAAAAUGGUCCAAAUCCAAUGCGUAAAAAGAAGGAAAAAAAAAAGAUUAUUGAAACAAGUGCAAAAGGUUCUGUCACAAUGUUUUGUAACACAGACACGAAACACUACGCUUUGACUUGUUUUCACAAUUCAUGCAUCACUGACCAAGAAGUAGCUGGUAACGAAUUCAAUUCUUCGCACAACUGGAAAGAUAUAAAAGAAUUAUACGAGAAAAUUUCAACAGGAGAAAUCCAAGAUGAAAAUAGAUAUUAUUACACUCCCCUUAUGGAUAAAGAAAUAAAACUUGGAGCUCCUUGUUGUCAAUCAUUUAAUGAAAGCACUGACAUCAUGGCCAUUGAAGUGAUUGAUUAUAAAAAGAUUACUCGCACCCCUUUCGUAAUCACGGAGACUGAUUGGAAAACAGUUAAAAAUCAACUAAAGAAAAGAAAUGCUAAGGUUCAGAAACGAGUUGGAGGCGCUGUAGGAAAAAUUUUAGACAUUAGCUAUUCACACUUAUGCAGAGAAACCAGAUGUGAUAUCUUCAGCAACGUUAUCACCAUUGAAUGCGAACGUCCUUUUCUUAAAGAUGGAGAUUCUGGAAUGUUAAUAUAUUUCUACAAUGAGGACAAAGACGAACACAUACCUCUGGGUUAUGGAGUCUGCGAACAUAAAAAAGAUGAUGGAAGAAUUGUCUAUAUAGCAUUUAGAUUGGACGUCGCAUUGAAAAAUCUAAACUUAAAAAAUUGUCGUUGGUACUUGCAGGCAUAGAGUGAUCUUGGACUUAUUUAAUGAAGUUUGGACUGAGAAUAUUUUAUAUUCAUGUUUUAAUCAAUUGCGAAAGUACUUUCUCGUAUUCAUAUACAUUGAUUUAGGUUUAUUGUGUUUAUCAAUUACUUAUUUCACUUUAUUUUAUUAUUAUCAUCAUUUUGGUGUCAUUGGUGAAAUGUUCAUUUUCCCUGUCACGUGUAUUCACUAUUUACAUAUUUAAUGCACAAUUCUUGUUAUUAUAAUUUAUAUUUUUCUUCUCAAAUCCAUAAUUUUCUCUGUAAAUUUAUGAUUGGAGUUGAAAUUACGAAAUCUUAAAUGAAUUUCAGUUAGUCAAAGUUCAAUUCAGGUGAAUGAUAAAAUUUUACCAGACUUUGACAACUAUAUUUACCAUCUCAAGACUAUAUCUUCAAUAUGUAAGUAUUUUCUGCAUGGCUAUUGUUGUAGUUAAGCUAAUCAUUUUUAAACAAAUAAUCAUUAUGUACUCGCUUGCAAAAAAAAAAACAGUCAAACUGAAGACAGCAUAAGUUUGCUGAAACAAAUUUAAAAGUGAAACAAUUGUCGUUUAUCUGAAUUAUGGAAUGUCUUAAGUUAUACUAACAAAUGAAUAAAGUAUGAACUAAAAUUAA